AUGUCUAACCUAUUCGUCGAGCUCAAGACACCGGUCACCGGGCCAUACAAGCAGCCCACCGGACUCGAACUGACACUUGCGCCAAGGUUCAUCAACAACGAGUUCGUUGAGGGUGUUGAAAAGAAGCAGUUCGAGGUCAUCAACCCGGCGACCGAGGAGGUUAUCUGCUCAGUCCAUGAGGCCACAGAGAAGGAUGUUGACAUUGCGGUUGCCGCGGCGCGGAAGGCCUUCGAUAGCGUCUGGCGCCGCACAACACCCCAACAGCGGGGCAUCUACCUGCUGAAGCUGGCCGAGCUCUGCGAGAAGAACCUAGACCUCCUGGCCUCGGUCGAGUCGCUCGAUAAUGGCAAGUCCAUCAGCUUGGCGCGUGGCGACGUUGGCGCCGUCAUUGGCUGCAUCCGGUACUACGGCGGCUGGGCCGACAAGAUCUAUGGGCAGACGAUCGAUGUCAACCCAGACAUGUUCCAUUACACAAAGCGAGAGCCGAUCGGCGUGUGCGGGCAAAUCGUGCCAUGGAACUUUCCGCUGUUGAUGUUGGCGUGGAAGAUUGGCCCUGCGCUGGCGACCGGUAACACCAUUGUGCUGAAGACAGCUGAGCAGACACCGCUCUCUGGUCUCGUCAUGGCCCAGUUGAUCAAGGAGGCCGGCUUCCCGCCUGGAGUCGUCAACAUCAUCUCUGGUUUCGGCAAGACCGCAGGUGCCGCCAUCUCUGCACACAUGGACAUCGACAAGGUCGCCUUCACCGGCUCAACCCUUGUCGGGCGCACCAUCAUGAAGGCCGCGGCCAACUCGAACCUGAAGAAGGUGACGCUCGAGCUGGGAGGCAAGAGUCCGAGCAUUAUCUUCAACGACGCCGACAUCGAGGAGGCGGUUAGCUGGGUCAACUUCGGCAUCUACUACAACCACGGGCAGUGCUGCUGCGCCGGCUCUCGCAUCUACGUGCAGGAAGGCAUCUAUGACAAGGUCGUCGAGGCGUUCAAGAAGCGGGCCGAGCAGAACAAGGUCGGCGACCCGUUCCACCCGGAGACCUUCCAGGGCCCGCAGGUCAGCCAGCUUCAGUACGACCGCAUCAUGGGCUACAUCAAGGCCGGCAAGGAGGAGGGUGCGCGGGUCGUCACGGGUGGUGAGCGCCACGGCGACAAGGGCUACUUCAUCCAACCUACCAUUUUCGCCGACGUCACGCACAGCAUGAAAAUCAUGCAGGAGGAGAUCUUCGGGCCCGUCUGCGCCAUCUCCAAGUUCUCGACCGAGGAGGAGGCCAUCAAGCUGGGCAACGACACAUCAUACGGCCUCGCGGCUUCCGUCCACACCAAGGAUCUCAACACCGCUAUCCGCGUCAGCAACGGCCUCAAGGCCGGCACCGUCUGGGUCAACUGCCAUAACAUGUUGACCCACCAGGUCCCCUUCGGCGGUUACAAGACCUCGGGCAUCGGGCGCGAACUCGGCGAGAUUGCGUUGUCGAACUACACCGAGCACAAGAGCGUCUCCAUCAACAUGCAGGGCGCGUUGUUCUAA